GUCAUUAGUCUCGUGUUGUUGUCUGAUGUAGCAACUAGCUAGCAACCAGCCUGAAUCAGUGUUAGCUGGAAGAAAGAAAAACCUCAUUAUUGUUUUAAUUGUAACGAAGUACUUCAAACCAAAAAGCGCCUAAAGAAUGAGAAGAGUUACCUUAUUUAUUAACGGGACUUGUAAAAAUGGCAAGGUUGUAGCAGUAUACGGGACCUUGUCCGACUUACUAUCCGUAGCCAGCAAUAAGUUAGGAAUCAAAGCCUCCUGUUUGUACAACGGGAAGGGUGGUCUCAUAGAUGACAUCGCCCUCAUAAGAGAUGACGACGUGCUGUACGUGUCCGAAGGAGAUCCGUUUAUCGACCCUCAACAUGAAGCCAAGGUUACGUCUGAUCAGCACGGAGCACACACCGAUUGGCUGACCCUUAAUAUUGGUGGUCGACCCUUCACCACCACCAGGAGCACGUUGGUCAGCAAAGAGCCGGAGAGUAUGCUCGCUCACAUGUUUCGAGAGAAAGACGUGUGGGGGAACAAGCGGGACCGGCACGGGGCUUACCUAAUCGACCGCAGCCCCGAAUACUUCGAGCCUAUCCUCAACUAUCUGAGACACGGCCAGCUCAUUAUCAAUGAAGGCAUAAACAUACGAGGCGUCCUCGAGGAGGCUCGCUUCUUUGGAAUCGAACAGCUGGCUGAACAGCUGGAAGUAGCGAUCAAGAACACGCAGCCACCCGAGGACCACUCUCCCAUUUCCCGAAAGGAGUUUGUUCGUUUUCUGUUGGCGACGCCCACCAAGUCAGAGCUCCGCUGUCAGGGUCUUAAUUUCAGUGGUGCUGAUCUGUCCCGACUUGAUUUGCGUUACAUCAAUUUCAAGAUGGCUAACCUCAGCCGCUGCAAUCUGACGCAUGCCAACCUGUGCUGCUCCAAUCUGGAGCGGGCCGAUCUCUCCGGAGCCAACCUGGAUGGCGCUAACUUACAAGGGGUGAAGAUGCUGUGUUCCAACGCCGAGGGAGCCUCUCUCAAAGGAUGCAACUUUGAAGAUCCGUCUGGACUGAAGGCCAACCUGGAAGGUGCUAACCUGAAAGGGGUUGACAUGGAAGGAAGCCAGAUGACAGGUAUCAACCUGCGUGUGGCCACUCUGAAAAAUGCAAAGCUGAAGAAUUGUAACCUGCGGGGAGCCACUUUAGCAGGGACCGAUCUGGAGAACUGUGAUCUGUCCGGCUGCGAUCUACAGGAAACCAACCAUGAGAGCCCAACGUGAAAGGAGCCAUUUUCGAAGAGAUGCUGACCCCGCUGCACAUGUCACAGAGCGUCAAGAUAACUCUGCAACACUCCUACAAGUCCAGUGUGGACCCAGCUG